AUGCAUGAGAGUGAAGGUGGCAGGACAGGGGUGGUGGCAGCAGCAGCAGCACCGGUGGAGCUAGGGGUAAAGUGCAUCAUCUGGGUGGAUGAGGCGCCGGACGGGGCGGAUGCCAAGUUCUGUUGUGGAAACUGCAGUGCGCCCUCCUGUUGCUCCUCUGAGAAGGACCAACUAGACCAGACACAGUGCCCCACCGAGGAGGGCCUGGAGCAGGCGGUCACCAAAGGCCUGGAGCUGAUUGUCUGGGCCAUACCAGUGGCUGUCUUCAGCAUUUUCGCAUUCUACUGUGCAGCCCAGUAUUACUAUAAAUGCUGCCAACUGAGAGCCCAUAAUGGCAUCCUGCAGCGGGCACUGCUGCAAGAGGUUCUGCAGCAGAACCGCUGGUCUCCUCCACAACCUCCCCCCUACAGUACAGACCCACCACCCUCCUAUAGCACUGAGGACACUUGCCCCACCUCUGCCUCCUCCCUGGUGGUGGAGGUGGUGAUGAUCAUCGGUGCAGAAGAUGCAACGGUCCCUGAUUCCACCCCAGAGUCUGCCAUGGAAACUGAGAACACUGCUCAGAGCCACCUUGCAAGAUCAGCUCCACAGUUGUCUGGGGCUGAGGCAGCUCAUGGUCCAGAACCUAUCCCCUCUGCUCUCAAAAGUCUCGUCACUGGUCCCUAUAGUGCUGAAGACACCCAUGGCACCUCUGCUUCACCCCCUGCUCUGGACACUCCACCGGUUGAACUGGAGGAACCUGUUCCUUCUGCAAGGUGCUCUGUUGCUCUCUCCCACUCCAGUGGUGGGGAUCUACCACCCUGUAACCCUGAGGAAGCCACUGGCCCUAGGGUCCUGAACCCUGAACUGGACAAUGCCCCUGUUCUGGCAGUGGACAUUCAGGACACAGUCACUCCUGGUCCCAUCAUGGAGCCUCCCUUGGAGACCGAAGACUCUCCUAGUCUAGCAAGACACGUACUUGGAGAUCUUUGAAGAUGUCAAGUAUACCAGCUAAGGGACUCCAUACUACAUAGACCAUAGCUUGAUUUUUUAAAGAUUUAGGAUAACGAAGCAACUCUAUAGGAUUGUUUUUAACCGUGUAUUGGCUAAACUGGCUAGUUUUAAGAAAUGUAAACUACUUACCCAAGUUGUUCACUGUUUUGCAAACACUACACUGGCAUAUUUGUGGUGAGCAUUAGUGCGAAGGGAUUCACUCCAUCCUCUGCUGUCCUAAAUCAACCCAGCAGUUCAGGGAAACCUCUGCUGGACAACCAUGAGGAGAUCACUUUUGCUAGCUGAAGUGGGGGACUACUUGAGAGACAGGCAGGUGUUCAAUGCCAACCCCUUCUCCUUGCCCACAGGAAGCAUGUUGGCUGGAUCUGAGCCUCCUAUGCCCCUUCCCACUUCCCCUACAAUUGCAUGGCAGUCUUUUGAAUGCUGUGCCCUAACAUACAAGUGCACAGUUAAUGCUACCCUGCUCCCAUUCAAAUGCAACAUUUGAAGGGGUUUCUCUAGCUCUUCUGGAAGGUCCUGUCUCAAAAGGAAAGCGUGUGUGUGUGUGUGUGUGUGCUUUGUCUGCAAUAAUGUUAUAGGAGAGAAGGAAUGGAUAGCAAAAUGGUGCAAGGCAACACCUUCCCUUGGGGACAGAAGAGGCUAGCUAGGCCUGUCCAUUGGCUUGCAACCCAAAGACCCAUGAACAUGGAAAAGCAUAGAUGUUCUCCUUGAGAUGAGCAAUAUUGCCAGUGGGGAAACCCGGUAGGCCAGGCAAGACCUUGGUGUAUUUUUCUCCAGUGUGAAUGUAUUUUAGGCUGUCUUACCUAUGAUGAAUUUUGUGUAGUGUCCUUUCUCCCAAACACUCUGUGUGCUUGUGACUGUUCCUAGUUGAGAUUUUAAUAUCCAGGUAAGCCAGGGCAAUGUAUAUUUAGUUUCCAUGGGGUAGGAUGCCACAUGGUAGACUGAGCUAAGACUUUUUAAAAAACUCGACAACUGUAUAUAACCACGUGUGUGUAUUAACCCUGAAGAGGUAACAGGCCAAAGGCAGUGUAGGCCUCCUGAGAGGAAUGCUUCUGCGAUGAGAAGCCCUUGAGCACAGACACUGGUCAAAUGUAUGUACCAAUUUAUCACUAAAUUUUGUGUGGAGUACUCUGA